AUGCCGAAGCCUGCGCGCGCUGAGAUCAGCGCGCCCAGGCUCCGCGGACCUCUCCGCGAGCAGCGGCAGCGCUGCCGCUGCUUGCGGAGAGUUGCCGGCAUGCCGAAGCCUGCGCGCGCUGAGAUCAGCGCGCCCAGGCUUCGCGGACCUCUCCGCGAGCAGCGGCAGCGCUGCCGCUGCUUGCGGAGAGUUGCCGGCAUGCCGAAGCCUGCGCGCGCUGAGAUCAGCGCGCCCAGGCUCCGCGGACCUCUCCGCGAGCAGCGGCAGCGCUGCCGCUGCUUGCGGAGAGUUGCCGGCAUGCCGAAGCCUGCGCGCGCUGAGAUCAGCGCGCCCAGGCCUCGCGGACCUCUCCGCGAGCAGCGGCAGCGCUGCCGCUGCUUGCGGAGAGUUGCCGGCAUGCCGAAGCCUGCGCGCGCUGAGAUCAGCGCGCCCAGGCUCGCGGACCUCUCCGCGAGCAGCGGCAGCGCUGCCGCUGCUUGCGGAGAGUUGCCGGCAUGCCGAAGCCUGCGCGCGCUGAGAUCAGCGCGCCCAGGCUCCGCGGACCUCUCCGCGAGCAGCGGCAGCGCUGCCGCUGCUUGCGGAGAGUUGCCGGCAUGCCGAAGCCUGCGCGCGCUGAGAUCAGCGCGCCCAGGCUUCGCGGACCUCUCCGCGAGCAGCGGCAGCGCUGCCGCUGCUUGCGGAGAGUUGCCGGCAUGCCGAAGCCUGCGCGCGCUGAGAUCAGCGCGCCCAGGCUCCGCGGACCUCUCCGCGAGCAGCGGCAGCGCUGCCGCUGCUUGCGGAGAGUUGCCGGCAUGCCGAGCCUGCGCGCGCUGA